UCUCAAGCGUCAAGGAAUUCGAUCAAUCAAUACCAAUUUGAUCUUACAACUAUGGUUAGAGCUCCCUGCUGCGAAAAGAUGGGUUUGAAGAAAGGCCCUUGGACUCACCAAGAAGAUCGAAUCCUCAUCGACUAUAUUAACCUCCAUGGCCACCCAAAUUGGCGCGCUCUUCCCAAGCUCGCCGGUUUAUUGAGGUGCGGGAAAAGUUGCAGGCUAAGAUGGACUAAUUAUUUACGACCCGAUAUUAAAAGGGGUAACUUUAGUAGAGAAGAAGAAGAAACCAUCAUACAGUUACAUACGGCUAUGGGAAAUAGAUGGUCAGCGAUUGCUGCAAGAUUACCGGGUCGCACAGAUAACGAGAUUAAGAAUGUCUGGCACACGUACUUAAAGAAGAGAUUGAACCCUAACACUAACCCUACUGUAACCAGUUCUAAGUUUCAACAGGAAGUGGAAAUAUCUAAAGAAGAUGAAGAAGAUGGUGCUCGAUCCUCGCCAUUAGAGACGAAUUCGAGCAGUCAAACGAGUUAUAAUCAAAUCGAUUCGCCUCAGCCUUCAAGUACUGAAAUUUCUUCGGUGACUACAAGUACAAAUGAUAACUCGUGCAUGGAGGACAUGCUAUUGGAUCAGAGCUUACCGGAUAUGGAUGAAGAGUUUUGGUCGGAGAUUUUUUCAGCAGGUAACUCCGACGAGUUUCCGGCGGUCCAUGAAAACAUUGGUCAACUUCAAAGUAGAUGUGGUUUCGAGUCAAAUUUGCACGAUGACAUGGACUUUUGGUACAACGUGUUCACAAGAGGAGAAGAGUUGCCACAAAUAUAAAUAUAAUAGAUUGACAUAAUGUUUACUUUUUCUUAUUUUCAUUUUUUUUGUAGUUCAGUACAUUUUUUAAUUUAAAAAUAGUCUAACUAGUAUAUUUGUAUUUUUGGUGCCAAGCAACCAUUAUACUUGUUAAAAUACAAAAUAACAUUAAUAUAGUCCAAAUGUAUUUAAAU